AUGGCACGGUUGAUUCCUCAUCUGGAUGAGAAUCAGACCAUUCGCCUAGGCGGGCGGCUGAAACGAUCAACUCUUCAGCCAGAACCCAGGAACCCAUCAAUUGUACCAAGACAAUCAAGGGUCACAUCACUGGUCAUCGAGGAGGCUCAUCGGAAAACUUUUCAUGGAGGAGUACAGGCGACGUUGGCACACAUCAGACACAAAUACUGGAUCAUCGGGGGUCGUCAUCCUGUAAAAUCGCAUACUCGCAAGUGCGUGAUCUGCGCACGACAUCAAGCCAUCAGGGGACAGCUGCUUCCAAGAAGAAUCACAUCAGCACGGCCAUUCAAACACGCAGGAGUGGACUACGCAGGUCUUAUCAAAAUCAGCAGAUGGAGAGGAUCAGGAGCUCGACACUAUCAUGGGUACAUAGCAGUUUUUGUGUGUCUUGCCACAUCGGCAAUUCACCUUGAACUACUCACAGAUUUAACAUCACAGGCAUUCAUCGAGACAUACAAACGAUUCACUGGAAGGAGAGGUAUCUGUGCUACACUUAGCAGUGAUAAUGCUAAGACAUUCAUGGGAGCAGACAAUGAGCUGGGCAGCCUUUUAGACGAAUCAAGGAAGGAAAUUCAUUACAUCAUCAACGAACUCGCAUCAAAUGGCACAAAAUGGAUCUUCAUCCCACUGCAAUCAUCCCACGUGGGUGGGAAAUGGGAAGCUGCGGUGAAAUCUGUGAAAUUUCAUCUAAAAAGGCUCACGGGGAAUUUGGGACUCACGUACGAGGAACUCAAUACACUUAUCAUUCAAAUCGAGGCUCAACUUAACUCGAGGCCUCUCUGCGCUCUAUCAGACGAUCCUGAUGACUGCAGAGCCCUCACACCUGGACAUUUCAUUAUUGAGGAACCCAUCAACGCAGUUCUAGAGCCAUCACUUAUCAAUCAGAAAAUGGAAGGUCUCACAAGGUGGAAAAUGAUCGCAAGGAUCGCUCAGCAAUUCUGGGACAGGUGGUCUCGGGAGUGCAUGCAUCACUAUCAAACCAUCUACAAAUGGAAAAGAUCAACGGAUGAUAUCAAGGUCGGAACACUAGUCCUCAUCAUUGACGAGAGGUAUCCACCAACAAAGUGGCCUCUAGGACGAGUAUCAAGGGUUCAUCCAAGUGAUGACAAUCUCACAAGGUUGGUAGACAUCACCACUGGGGCAGGAGGUGCAACUACCUACACCAGACACAUCAACAAGGUGGUUCCGUUACCAGUCAGCACAGAGGAGGAAGUACCAGAGGAUCAUUCGUCAUCCUCCGAUGACGAAGGCGGGCGGAAUGUAUAA